AUGACCCCACGGGGUAGGCGGUUCGCCAAACAACAGCUGCCAAAUGGAGAUGGCAACGAUUAUGACACUGGCUUGCACAAGCUUCCUUGCCCCACACCACUGCUGCAGAUGAAUGCUGGCAGAUGUACGAUGAUCGUGAUCUUCCUGCGCUGCUGGCAUCUCGGCGGCACGGUGGAUCCCCAUCCAACGGUCGAUGAGCCUUUGCAGAAGGCCCGUCACAUUGUCCUCAACCCGGACAACCCUCUGGAACGGCUGAAGUACGUCGGUACGGAGCUCACGUCCAUGGGGCGCUACCAGCAAAACACCAGCGCCCGAUUCCUGGACGCCAUUACGGUGCUACAUGGCAGUGCGAGUGGCAAUGCAGAGGAGCUGGCGAAAAGUCUGAUGCGAGACCUCACUGCACUUGGACUGCAAUCCAUCGUGAGAACGUUGGAUGACUUCGUCCAGAAGACUGUCAUCUUGGUGGCGUCCACGUGCGGGCUGGGCGCAUAUCCGGCCAGCUGCAAGCAGACCCGGCUGAAGCUCCAGUCUCCAGAUGUGCCAUGGCUUGGGCUGGCAAAUUGGAAGUUUAGCGUUUUCGGCCCGGGCGACUCCACUUACUGCCAGUUCUGCGUGGCCUCUGCAGGCUUCUGCUGGGCGCCGACUUUGCCGCUGGGCCAGGACAUUUCUGCGCCUUCCUAUCGCGUGAAUGCAUCACCAUGUGACGGUAAGUACGAUCGUGACAUGCGGCAUUAUGAGUUCAAGAUUGAGGGCACUAACGUUGCUCACAAGACAGGCGAGCGCCUUAAAGACAAG